UAUUUUAUGGCCCUGAUCGACAGCGAUCGGCGCGCCACCAUCUCCGCACUUCCGAUGGCGCACUCAACAUCAACUUCAGCCUCCUUCCCUCUCCAAAGUCUCCAUCCCCAGUCCCACAGCCGCUUGUCGUCAUGGAGUGCCCAAUGUCUCUCCUAGCGCCGGCUGUAUCGAAGAGAAGACGGCUCCAAGACUUCCAUGCUGGGGUGUAGCGUCUGUCUAAAUCGCUUCCGUUUAGGAGCCGGUGCUGUCCAACCUUGAAUGUUCCACGUUUUCUCUGUGCGAUCGCGGUGCCUCGGGCAUCCGGAAUGGAAUGCACGCCUCGUCCUGGGCGCUCAGCCAGCCAAUACCACCCGCGCGCACGAAAUUUCCGCAAAAAAGGGCGAGGACGCGGAAGUACAAAAGGCGCGCGAUAGCAGCGCGAGAUGCCCCUCCCCCGCCCCACCAUCCGCCUUAUCGUCCCGCCCGUGAUGAUCAGGCGCUCGCAGCGUUUCCUGCGCAUCCUGGGCGCGCCCAAGACGCGGCGCGUGCUGCGCGUGGUCCUCGUUAUCGCGAGUAUCUACGCGCUCCUCACCUUCUCACUGGGCUCACAUAUCGACCAUGGCGACGCGCCCAUCACGCAUAGUCAUCGCCUUCGUGAGACCGCGGCGUCGACCGUGCGCAGGAUCACGUCGUACGCGCGGGGGCAGCAGCAGUCGCCGGCCCCGCGGCGGAGGAUACGAGGGCGGUACGACAAGCUGAAGGCGGAGAACGGCGGGCUACCUGCGACGGGGAAGCAUAAGUACCAGCAGAAUGGGCUGCUGGAGGUCAACCCGAUGGGCGCGCACCCAAUCUAUGAGUUGAUGGAGAAGGCGGAGAAGCAGUGGAAGAAGAAGCAGGCCCGCGCCAGCCGCACGCUGGAACAGGCGGUGAGGGAGUACAGGCGACGGUAUAAGAGAAAUCCACCGAAGGGAUUUGAUAUUUGGUGGGACUUCGUGCAGAAACACAACAUCAAGCUCCCCGACGAGUAUGACCAGAUUUACUGGGACUACGAGCACAUGUGGGGCGUAUACCCUCCAGAUCUUAUCGCAAUGCAAGAGCAAGCGCAAGACGAAUACCCCGACGACUGGUUUGCGCUAGGCAGAAAUCGCAUGGGACAUAUCGAUGUCGUGCGCAAAGAAUUUAUGCCGGGGAACGAGCACCUUAUCGCGUCCGUCGUCCCUGUACUUGACAUGCUUCAAGCGGUCGAGGAUUACCUCCCGCAAGACUUUUCCAUCAUGGUCUCGCCCCAUGACGCACCGCAACGACAUACGGAUUACGACCAUCGACGAGUGUUGCGCGAGGCUGCGCGGCAUAAGACAUACCUCCGUCGCCACGAACUCCCACCCGUCAAGAACGGCGUCGGCUGGCCCACCGCCUGCCACCCCUCCUCUCCCGGCCGCCACUACCCGAUCGACCUCAACCACGACCCCCCACCCCGCACGGGCAAGUCCUUCAUCCACGACCACUACAAGAGCAUGUCCCCCUGCCAGCACACCUACCUCUUCCACCACCACGGCCAGUUCGUCUCCCACGAAGCGGGCCCCAACCCGCAGCCCGUCAUGGUCGCCCAGUUCGCCUACGCCGCGACCGCGAUCCACCACGACAUCCGCAUGCCCGCGCCCUACGACUGGAUCGAGGAUAUCCCGGGCGAGCCGGAGUGGGAGGAGAAGACCGAUAAUCGGCUGCUGUGGCGCGGGUCGACGACGGGGAUGCUGCACGACCCGGUUUUUCACUGGGAGAAGAACCAUCGGCUGCGGAUGGUCGGGCUCACGAACGACAACUCGUCCGUCCUGUCCGUGCUCGAGUCGCGCGCGCCCGGCGAGCGCGUGGGGCAGCCCAAGCCUCACUGGUCGGGCGCGCUGAACCCGAAGCUGAUGGACGUCGCGUUCGCGGGGCGCGCGCACCAGUGCACGACGCAGCAGAUCUGCGACGCGAUCGAGGAGAGGUUCGAGUUCAGGAGCUUCCAGACGCUCGCGGAGUCGGCGAACUACAAGUAUGUGAUGGAUGUGGAUGGGAAUGCGUGGAGUGGGCGGUUCAAGCGGUUGAUGCUGGCGAAUUCGGUGAUCUUUAAGGCGACGGUGUAUCCGGAGUGGUACACCGACCGCAUACAGCCGUGGCUACAUUACGUGCCGGUCCAGAUGGACUACAGCGACCUGUACGAUGCGCUUGUCUUCUUCCGUGGAGACGAGAACGGCGUCGGUGCGCAUGACAACCUAGCGCGCAAGAUUGCCGUCCAAGGGCGGAAGUGGAGCAAGGAGUACUGGAGGAUAGAGGACCUGCAGGCGUACUUCAUUCGCUCGCUGCUCGAAUACGCACGCUUGAUGAGCGUCGACCGGGAGGCGAUGUCGUACCAUGGGCCGGGGACUGAGUAGAGGCUUCUUACAUCGAAGCAGUGACAAUAUAAUGAGGACACGCUUACAGUACGACUAAUGGGCUAUAGUGUAGAUCUAAUGGAUUGACGAGAGUAGACUAUUAUGUAGAGCAGGCUUCAUGCUCUUAUGAUACUAGAGCGAUCAGUGUAUGUAGCAUAAUUUAUCUACCAUGUUUCCCGUCACUAUCAUGUUGAUGGUCUGUCAUUGCUGACAGCUCGAU